AUGACAUUGGACAUGCCACCGCAAUCUUUCCCCGUGCUUCAUACGAGCUUCCGAUACCCACCCGACUGUGGUGAAAAGAGUUAUAAAGGCAGCGGACGGUUGGAGGGACUGAAGACACUUAUCACCGGUGGCGAUUCAGGAAUCGGAAGAUCGGUUGUCAUCGCCUACCUCCGGGAGGGAGCCAAGGUCGCCAUCAAUUACCUUCCCGAGGAGGAAGCUGAUGCUCAAGCACUCGCAGACCUGAUGGCAGAAGAGGGACUCUCGUUUGAGCGCAUCCCUGGAGACUUGGGUAAUGAAGAAUUCUGUACUGAGCUCGUGACUGAGGCUCAUCGACGCCUCGGUGGAUUGGACAUUCUUAUCAAUCACGCUGGAUAUUCUGGAAACUUGCAAGGUCCUAAUUGGCGACCUAUUGAGCAGUUUGAUCGGCGUGAAAUGGAGCAGAUUUACAAGAUCAAUGUCUUCGCAACUCUGUAUCUAACACGUGCCGCUGUUCCUCUACUGCCAGCCGGCGGUAGUAUCAUCGUCACCUCCUCCAACAUCGCCGCCCAUCCUGUCGGUCCUUCAGUUCUAUAUGGCUCCUCCAAAGCUGCCGUUACUCAUACAAUACGCUCCCUGGCAAUGCAGCUGGCACCACGAGGCAUCCGAGUUAACGGCGUUGCCCCACGCUUGACCUAUACUCCGUUCCUUGCUCAGUCUGGAUUCACCAAUACCGAGCUGGAACUCGCCAGCCAAGUCUUGGAGUUCCAUCGCCUUGCACAGCCAGCUGAAGUUGCCAUGCAUUAUGUGGAGCUUGCUGACCCGGCAAAUACUUACAUGAGUGGCGAAGUCAUCGCGAUCGCCGGCGCUCAGCAAGGGCUGUAA